CUUACAGGUCGUCCAAGCACACCCAGCAGUCUUACUGUGCUUGAACAGAUGAAGAAACUCCAAGAAAUGGUGAGCCAGAAAACCAAGCUGGAGAUCGGCGAUAUUGUCAGGGUCAGAGGUCACAUCCGAACCUACAGGCAACAAAGAGAAAUUCAGGCUUUAUGUUUUUAUAAAGUGGAUGAUCCUGUGUGUGAUGUACAGAUUUCAAGAAUGCUGGAGCUCCCCUGUCUCUACAGAGAAGUUUAUGAUAAACCUUUCCAAGGCCCUGAGGAGGGACAGAGUGGCCUGGAAGGUCAGAAUUUCUCAAUCAAUAUACUGCAUGACAAGGUGAAAGGCUUUCUAUUAGAAAACAAAAUUCAAACCUUUUACCAACAGGAGUUGGAAACAAUUGAUACUCUGGUGUCACUGGCUGGUGUUCAUCUACCCAGUCCCAGCUGUCAGGAGGUGAAGUCAAAAAGUGACUCCAGUGCCAAAAGGAUUCACAGUGUUUUUAAGGAAGCAAUAAGGAUGCUAAAAGAAAAAGGGGUGGUUUUCCAGAAACCUAGUAGCUGCAAGGACUUAUACCAUGUGACUGACCAUGAUAAGGAGCUGCUUAAAGUGACCCUUGAUGUGAUUAAAGAUGACUGUCGAAAACCCAGGCAUGCUGAAAAAGGCUGCCAUUUCCUUCAUGUCCUGACCUGUGUUCGGCAGAGCUACAACCCCUCUCUGGCUGAAGUGGUGAUGCACCGUGUCUUGGAACUGCUGGAGAGUAACAGUGAUGUUGUCAGCACUAUGGAAGGAUAUUAUAUGGCAUUUUAA